CUCAGUGUAGAGGCAGAUCGCACCUUCUCACACUGACAAACUACGGGGAGAAAGAUAUAUAUAAUAGCUAUAUGUUGACAGCGUUGUAGAUUCUUUUCAAAUGCUCUACAUUUGCCAGAGAAGACUUGGAGAGUGACAUUUUUGUGGCGUUAAACUUCAGUAUUUCCUCAGUCUAAAAUGUGUUAACCCAUCGGGGUUUUCAGGGGGAUCCGCAUAAGCAGCCGUCUCUCCCAUUCCUCGCAUUCUCCAGACUCCAAUGCAGUGAUUCUUGUAUCAAAAUAAAAGACGGAAAAAUUCGAUGAGGAAGUCCACGCAAAGCUUCAUCCGUUGGGCUGACCGAACAAGGGAUCACGAAAUGUUAUUUUUAUCCAGAUUGCUGAUGGAUAGGAGCAAACGGAUGUGAUUAGGAGAUUUGUGUGGAAGGGAGGCCCCUCUAGGGGCUGUGUCUGACAGCUGUUGUAGUUUCCAGCGACAGGCAACAGACAAGACAAUGCCUGCGUUUUGCAGUAGUGCUUCUUAAUGCAAUUAAAAUCCAGGGUAAUUAUACCUGGCAGUUGAGGAGAUGAUGGAUAUACAGUAUAUUAUCAAAGUCCCUCUGUAGCACACCUGGAUAGCCAAACACAGGCAUCUUCUUUCUUGAAAGGACAAUCAGACCCAUCAAUAUUUAUAGAAUUGAAUUCCAAAAAGGCUUUCAUAACAGUACAAAUCAGCCUUGGAGACUAGUUAAACUACAUGGUGAAAAAUGACAUUAGACUAUGUAAAGGUAAAUGUUGCCAUGUUGAUAUUCUUCUAGAACUGGCAAUCUAGAUCUUUCUUAGAAUUAUUUUGUAACGGCAUCCUUUGCUGAAAAAAAAAGCACAAAGGUUUCAAACAUGAGCUUUUCAAUUCGGAGCGGUGCUCAUUUGAUCUGGAUAGGUCUGCUGGGCUGCUGUCUGGUAGAUAUUGGGGCUAGUAUGGAAUUCACUGGGGCGGAGGGCCAGUGGGCCAGAUUCCCCAUGUGGAAUGCCUGCUGCGAGAGCGAAAUGAGUUUCAAUAUGAAAACCAAGAGCUCGCACGGACUUCUCAUGUAUUUCGAUGAUGAAGGAUUCUGCGACUUUUUGGAACUCCUCAUCCACAACGGGAGGCUAAACCUGCGCUUCUCCAUCUUCUGUGCCGAGCCGGCCUCUGUGCUCUCCGACACAGCGGUCAACGACAGCCGCUGGCACGCUAUAACCGUGCGCAGGAACUUCAAAAACACCACGCUGGUAGUGGACCAGGAGGUAAAGAUGGUGGAGGUGAAGUCUAAAAGAAGGGACAUGACUGUGUUCAGUAAUCUAUUCCUAGGAGGUAUACCCCCUGAACUGCGCUCCGUGGCACUGCGGCUUACCUCUGCAGCCAUCAAAGACGUGGUGCCAUUCAAAGGCUGGAUAACCAAUCUGAAAGUGAACGGCUCUGAGCCCGUGCUCAUUGCUAGCGAGGGCGUUAACAGCGGCAUUUGUGGAGCUGACCACGUUUGCCAGAACGGAGGAGUCUGCAGCAUUGUCAACGAGGAGGCCAUUUGUGACUGUUCAGACACCGGAUAUGAAGGGAAAGAUUGCAGUGAAGAUGUCUAUGUGGCAGGUCUUGCGCACCUGAUGAUGGCCGACCAAGGUAAAAGUAAAGUGAAAGAGGAAUACGUUGCCACUUUCAAGGGCUCCGAGUACUUCUGCUACGACCUGUCCCCCAACCCCAUUCAGAGCAGCAGCGACGAGAUCACCCUCUCCUUCAAGACGCUGCAGCGCAACGGGCUCAUGCUGCACACGGGCAAGUCGGCCGACUACGUCAACCUGGCACUGAAGAACGGGGCCGUCUCACUGGUCAUCAACCUGGGCUCCGGGGCCUUCGAGGCCCUGGUGGAGCCUGUCAACGGCAAAUUUAAUGACAAUGCCUGGCACGAUGUCAAGGUUACACGGAAUCUCCGACAGCAUUCAGGCAUUGGACACGCUAUGGUAACAAUAUCCGUGGAUGGAAUUCUGACCACCACUGGAUAUACACAAGAGGACUACACCAUGCUAGGCUCUGACGACUUUUUCUAUGUCGGAGGAAGCCCCAGUACAGCCGAUCUCCCUGGAUCCCCCGUUAGCAACAACUUUAUGGGCUGCCUGAAGGAGGUUGUGUACAAGAACAACGACGUGCGUCUGGAGCUCUCGCGGCUGGCCAAGCAGGGCGACCCCAAGAUGAAGGUGAGUGGCACGGUGGCCUUCAAGUGUGAGAGCGUGGCCACGCUGGACCCCGUCACCUUCGAGACGCCCGAGUCCUUCGUGACCCUCAACAAGUGGACGGCCAAGAAGGCCGGCUCCAUCUCCUUCGACUUCCGCACCACGGAGCCCAACGGCCUGAUCCUGUUCAGCCACGGCAAGCCCAAGCAGCAGCAGCAGCAGAAAGACUCCAAGAGCCCCAUCACGCUCAAGGUGGACUUCUUUGCCAUCGAGAUGCUGGACGGACACCUCUACCUGCUGCUGGACAUGGGCUCGGGCACCACCAAGACCCUUGCCAUGAACAGGAAAGCUAACGACGGAGAGUGGUAUCACGUGGACUUCCAGCGGGACGGAAGAUCAGGUACCAUCUCGGUGAACUCCGUGCGCACUGCCUACACGGCUCCUGGCGAGAGUGAGAUUCUGGACCUGGACGAUGUGCUCUACCUGGGGGGUCUGCCCGAGGACCGGGCGGGGCUGGUCUUCCCCACCGAGGUGUGGACGGCGCUGCUCAACUACGGCUACGUGGGCUGCAUCCGCGACCUCUUCAUGGACGGCCAGAGCAAGGACAUCCGGCGCAUGGCCGAGGUGCAGCACGCCGUGGGGGUCAAGCCGUCCUGCUCCAAAGAGCAGCCCAAGCAGUGCCUCAGCAACCCCUGCCUGAACAGCGGGAUCUGCCGCGAGGGCUGGAACCGCUACGUGUGUGACUGCACGGGCACCGGCUAUCUGGGCCGCUCCUGUGAGAGAGACGCCACCAUCCUGAGCUACGACGGCAGCAAGUUCAUGAAGAUCCAGCUGCCGAUGGUGAUGCACACGGAGGCGGAGGACGUGUCCCUGCGUUUCCGCUCGCAGCGCGCCUACGGCCUGCUCAUGGCCACCACCUCGCGCAACUCGGCCGACACGCUCCGCCUCGAGCUGGACGGCGGCCGCGUCCGGCUCACCGUCAACCUAGACUGUGAGAGGAUAAACUGUACCACCAGUAAAGGUCCAGAGACCGUGUUUGCGGGUCAGAACCUGAAUGAUAACGAGUGGCACACGGUGCGUGUGGCGCGCCGAGGGAAGACCCUGAAGCUGUCCGUGGAUGACCAGCAGCCCUCGGAAGGUCCAAUGACAGGUGACCACACGCAGCUCGAGUUCCACAACGUCGAGACGGGCAUCCUGACCGAGAAGAGACACAUGCCCGCUGUGCCCUCCAACUUCAUCGGGCACCUGCAGGGCCUCACCUUCAACGGCAUGCCCUACAUCGACCUGUGCAAGAACGGGGACAUCGACUACUGCGAGCUCAACGCCAUGAUUGGCUACAGGAACAUUGUGGCUGACCCGGUCACCUUCAAGUCUCGCUCCAGCUAUGUGACCCUGCCCACACUCCAGGCCUACUACUUCAUGCACCUCUUUUUCCAGUUCAAGACCACCUCCCCCGAUGGGCUCAUCCUCUUCAACCGCGGCGAUGGGAAUGAUUUCAUCGUGGUGGAGCUGGUCAAAGGGUACCUGCAUUAUGUGUCCGAUUUGGGCAACGGAGCUCAUUUGAUCAAGGGUAACUCCAACACACCCCUCAACGACAACCACUGGCACAAUGUCAUCAUUUCACGAGACAAAAACAACCUCCACACUGUCAAGAUUGACACCAAGAUCACCACUCAGACUACCACAGGUGCCAAGAACCUGGAUCUGAAAGGUGACCUUUACAUUGGAGGCAUAGGCAAGGACAUGUACAAGGACCUGCCCAAGCUGGUGCACUCCAAAGAGGGCUUCCAGGGCUGCCUGGCGUCUGUGGACCUCAACGGCCGGUUACCGGACCUUCUAGCCGACGCCCUGGCCACCAUGGGCCAGGUGGAGCGAGGCUGUGAAGGUGAGCAAACCUUUCAAGGCCCCAGCACCACCUGCCAGGAGGACUCCUGCUCCAAUCAGGGCGUGUGUCUUCAGCUGUGGGAGGGCUUCAGCUGCGACUGCACCAUGACGUCAUUCGGAGGGCCUCUCUGCAACGACCCGGGGACCACCUACAUCUUCGGGAGGGACGGCGGGAUAAUCGUGUACACGUGGCCGCCCAACGACAGGCCGAGCACGCGGGCGGACAGGCUGGCCCUGGGCUUCAGCACCCAGCAGAAGGACGCCGUGCUGGUGAGAGUGGACAGCUCUAGCGGCCUCGGAGACUACCUGCAGCUCCAGAUCGAGAAGGGCAAUGUCCGAGUGGUGUUUAAUGUGGGCACACAUGACAUUAACAUUGAGGAGCCUUCAAAGUUUGUAAAUGAUGGGAAGUACCACAUAGUUCGCUUUACGCGGAGUGGUGGCAACGCCACCCUACAGGUGGACGACCUGCCCGUGAUAGAGCGCUACCCCACAGGCAACAUUGAUAACGAGCGACUGGCGAUUGCUAGACAGCGAAUCCCAUAUCGGCUCGGUCGAGUAGUUGACGAAUGGCUACUCGACAAAGGUCGGCAGCUGACCAUCUUCAACAGCCAGUCCACCAUCAAGAUCGGCGGCUGGGAGCAGGGCAGUCGGCCCUUCCAGGGCCAGCUCUCUGGCCUCUACUACAACGGCCUGAAGGUGCUGAACAUGGCGGCGGAGGGCGACUCCAACGUGCGCGUGGACGGCAGCGCCAGGCUGGUGGGCGACAUGCCCUCCUCCUCCAUCACACCCCAGUCCAGCGCCUCGGCCUCGGGCAACCGCUCGCACACGCCCUCCCUGUCCGACAUCACCACCACCACCGCGUCCAACCGGCAGGGCAAGCAGACCCCCACGCCACAGGAUGACAUUCUGGUAGCAUCCGCAGAAUGCCCAAGUGAUGAUGAGGACAUCGACCCUUGCGACCCAAGUUCAGGUGGGUUAGCCCAUCCCCCACUGCCCGAGAGCAAGGGCUUCCCUGGCCCCUCCGAGGUGAUCCGCGAGUCCAGCAGCACCACGGGCAUGGUGGUGGGCAUCGUUGCCGCGGCAGCCCUCUGUAUCCUCAUCCUCCUCUACGCCAUGUACAAGUACCGCAACCGCGACGAGGGCUCCUACCACGUGGACGAGAGCCGCAACUACAUCAGCAACUCGGCCACGCAGAGCAACGGCACCACCGUCAAGGAGAAGCCCAUCGGCGUGGCCAAGAUCUCCAGCAAGAACAAGAAGAACAAGGACAAGGAGUACUAUGUCUGAUCCAUGCUCAUCUCCCCCCCCCUCCCCCACCC